AAAUACGUAUUUCCCACUGAAAAGUUGCAAUAACGUAAUAAAGACAAGGAAACGAAUAUUUUUUUCGUUAGAGAUAUCGUAAACUUUCGACAUAGAGGAUAAGAGUAGAGUUUUUUCAGAUAAUUGUUAUCGUUUUGUUCAUAUAGAUUUAAAUCACCCUAUGCUUGAAAAAGUAGGAAUUAACGUGACAACAAAACGUGUGAACACGACAUGCUUGUAACUCCUACAUCAGAAGCGGAAGUUAGGAUAAUUUCGGUAGAACAUGAAAGCAUUAGAGGUUAUAUGUUUAUACACACAGUAUAUACACAGGUAACACGGGUACUUGUUUUUCCCCCCCAAAAUCACUCCUUCUCUGCUCCCUGAUGCCUUCCUAUGUUGUGAACUACACCUUUCACCUACAGGUACGUAGGUGAAAGACAAAGGAAGUGCACAUUCUUCACAAACAGCCUGCAGUUCUGCUCUGAAAGAAAACUGAAAUUUAUCCAGACUGGAGCAGGUAACAACAGGAAAACAAAAUGGCUUCUAAGUUUUCAGAGGAGGAUUUCUCCUGUCCUGUUUGCCGUGAAAUCUUCACGGAUCCUGUUUUACUGCACUGCAGUCACAGUGUGUGUAAAGUGUGUUUGCAGCAGUUCUGGGAGACCAAAGGAUCCAGAGAAUGUCCUGUUUGUAGGGCGAAGUCAUCUCCAGAAAAUCCUCCCUUAAAUCUGGCCUUAAAGAACCUGUGUGAGACUUUCUUACAGUCCGAGAGAAGUCAGAGUUCUUCAUCAGGGUCUGAAACAGUCUGCAGUCUGCACAGUGAGAAACUCUUCUGUCUGGAUGACCAACAGCCAGUUGGUUUAGUGUGUCAGACUUCAAGAAAACACAGCGACCACAAAUUCCACCCCAUUGAUGAGGCAGCAACAGACAUGCUUAAGGGGAAGGUCAACACUGAAUUAAAACUCCUACAGAAGAAUUUGAAGAACUUUGAAGACUGCAAACUGAACUGGAGUCAGAUUGCAGAACAUAUAAAGAUUCAGGCCCAACACACAGAGCAUCAGAUUAAGGAGCAGUUUGAAAAGCUUCACCAGUUUCUACGAGAUGAAGAGGCAGUCAGGAUCGCUGCACUGAGAGAGGAAGAGGAGCAGAAGAGUCAGAUGAUGAAGGAGAAGAUUGAGAAGCUGAGCAGAGACAUAUCAUCUCUUUCAGACACAAUCAUAGCCAUAGAAAAGGAGUUGAGAGCUGAAGACAUCCUGUUCUUACAAAACUACAAGGACACAGUGAAAAGAGCCCAGUGCACACUGCAGCAUCCAGAGGAGCUUUCAGGAGCACUGAUCCAUGUGGCAAAACAUAUGGCCAACCUGAAGUUCAGAGUCUGGGAGAAGAUGCGGGACACUGUCCAAUACACACCUGUAACUUUGGACCCCAACACUGCUCAUCCUAAACUCAUUGUAUCUGAUGAUCUGACCAGUGUGAGACGCAGUGUUGAGGAAAAGAAACUUCCUGAUAAUCCAGAGAGAUUUGAUGAAGAUGAAAACGUCGUGGGCUCUGAGGGUUUCAACUCAGGGACACACUGUUGGGACGUUGAAGUUGGAGACUGUACACAGUGGUCACUGGGUCUGAUGACAGAAUCUGCUCAAAAGAAGGGAAAAAUAGGAAGUGGAAUCUGGUGUAUGUGGUGUAAUAACGGUAAAUAUGCAGCAGGUUCAACAAAAUUUACUCGCCUCUCAGUAGCACAGAAACUCCAGAGGAUCAGAGUGCAGCUGGACUGGGAAAGAGGAGAGGUGUCAUUCUCUGACCCUCUCACAAACACACACAUAAGCACACUCGAACACACAUUUACAGAGAAAGUACUGCCGUUUUUUUCUAAUACGUAUAAAGAGACUUCUUUAAAGAUCCUCCCAGUUCAGUGCUCUGUAUCAGUGAAUCAGUUAGAGCUAAUUAAGAAGUAAAGUAUUAUAAUCAUAAGCUUUAUUAUCAUUCUAUUAUUUGUUUUCUUUAUAUUCUUACAGUAUGGUUUGUUUUGUUGUAUCAAUAAUUAUAAUUCAGUCUUUUACAGACCUACAAUGUACAGUAUAACAUUUUAUGUAUUUAAUUUAAUAACAUCAUAACUUCAUUGCUGAUUUUCUUGUUACAAGUGCUAUAAUUAUUAUUAUUUUUUUUUAAACAUUUCAUUGCUACCAAAACUGCUCAGGGCCGACCUACAGCUAUUCAAAAUGCAGCUAUUAAAGCUAUUUAAAUUACGUGUAUAAUUGUGUAUAUAAGGCGCAUAUGUCUUUUUCAGUUAUCUGUAGAGGUAUACCAAUACACUCAGGUCAUGAUUUCAAUUCAAUUUUCAAAAUAUUUUGUUUCAAGAAAUAUUGUAUUUGAUUAUUGUAUUUUUAUUUAUUU